AACUAUUAAUUUGCUAUUUAAAAAAUGCCACUGGGCUAAAAUCUAAAAAUAAGAGAGAAGUUCCUUUUUCACCUUCAACAAUAUCUAUAAACUGAUUAUUCUUUAACGGUAAACCACCCAUUCCCUUACCCAACUAUUUUAGUGUUUUUGGAAUAGAAGAGAAGAAUGCCAACUCUGAAUCUGUUCACAAAUUUACCAGUAGAUGCAGUAGUUGCUUCUGAUAUUCUAAAAGAUGCUACUAAAGCUGUUGCAAAAAUCAUAGGCAAACCAGAAUCAUAUGUGAUGAUCUUGUUGAAUGGAGGAGUUCCUAUUGCGUUUGCUGGUACCGAAGCUCCUGCUGCAUAUGGAGAAUUAAUCUCCAUUGGAGGUCUUGGACCUAGUGUGAAUGGAAAACUCAGUUCAACCAUUGCAGAAAUUCUUCAGACAAAACUGUCAAUAGACAGUGACAGAUUCUAUAUAAAGUUUUAUGAUUCUCCGCGCCCAUAUUUUGGGUUCAAUGGCUCAACUUUUUGAUGAACCUGCUGAAAAAUAACUGCUCUGGAGAAGGAACUUCUUGGUAGAGCAGUGGCUUAAGACUUCAUCUGCUCUCAGCUGCACCCGUUUCACGAAAGAAGUAACCCUUCUGACGUGUUCGAUGGUGAUGCUUUUGUACAAGUUCUGUACAACUUGAUUGCAGGUUUCGUAGCGAUAAGAAAUAGAAAAUUGUAAUGCAUAUUUCAGGAUUAACAAAUGCCCAGCAUAGGGCUAAUUUUCCAAAUUUAGUGUUUGUGUUUUCUUCUACUUAAAACUGAAGUCAUUCUUAAAUAGGAUUAUAUUAUGUUUUUAUACAAGUCAA